AUGAGUUUAUAUAGUGAUAUACCAGAUUAUGAAGAGAGAAAUUGGGUAGAAGAUCCUUUCUAUGACAGUGGAGAUGCUAUAAGAGAAACAGUGCAAGCUAUAAUUCCUUUAGGCACAAUCACAGGUAUAGAAUUUGAAACUACUGAAGAAAAACAAUGCCCUAUAUGCUUCGAAAUCAGAUCAGAGUUUAUUAAACUUUCCCCAUGCUUGAAAAAGUCAGAAAAUUUGGAGAAAUUUUAGAUAUUAAUUUUUUUUUUAAAAAUAUAAAAAAUACCAUGCUCCCACACUUUUUGUAAAUCUUGCUUCAAUCAAUACUUAGACUUACAAGUCCAUGAAGGCCAAGUUGUCAAAAUAAAAUGCUGCGAAUAUACCUGCAGCAAUAUUUUCCCUGCUAAUAUAAUCCGACAACUAUUAUCUGGAGAAAGAUUAGAACUGUAUGAUAAACUUAUGAAAAGAAUUCAGCUUCAAAGCGACCCAAAUAUUAAAUGGUGUCCUUAUCCUAACUGUGAAGGCUACGAUACAAUUGGAGGCGGAAAAUUAAAGCUCCAAUGCAAUAUCUGUCAUAAUUAUUUUUGUGCAAAAUGCAAUCAAAUUUGGCACGGCAGGAAAAAAUGCAAAACUGAUAAAAAAUUCGAACGAUGGGCUUCUCAAAGAAAUGCAAAAGCUUGCCCAAAAUGCUUUUGGAGGGUUGAGAAAAAUGGAGGAUGCUCACAUAUGACUUGUAUUCAAUGUGGGCAUUAUUGGUGCUGGAACUGUGGAAAUCCUGUAGCUCAGCACAGUGAGUUUAAGUGUAUGUUUGGGCGAAGUAAACUGGAUUUGUAUUGGCAUAUACUGGGCUAUGCUGAAUUUAUAAAAAAAUAAUUUUUUUAUAAAGAAUAUCAAAAAUAGCGCAUAUUGUAUAUAAUUUUUAUGAUUAUGCUGUUUCCAUUCUGGUACCUUUUUGCAGCUGCUGUUCUUUAUAACUAUAUUGAAAGAAGUCAAGGUUUUCCUGACCCAACUGGGCUGCCGUGCUGUCUCAAAUUUUUAUUUUCACAUAGGUUUAUAUUAUAUCUGCUUUUAAUAAUAUUGUCCCCAAUAGCUGUCAUACUUAUCAUGAUAUUUUGUGGCCACUUUUUAGCGUUUAAAAUUACAUUUGAAGGGAGAUAUUAUUCUUGCAAGAGAAAAUGCUUAUUUACACCGUUUAUUUUGGUGUUCGGGUUUUUAAUGGAGGUUUUAUUCCUGACUGUGCUGCUAUUGUCUUUUGUAUUGUCUCCGGCAGUUGGGAUGUUUUUCUUUUUGAUGAAAAUAUUCUGUGUAAUGCUAGGACCUUGUGAUUCAAAUCAAGUGCAGCAAGGACCGAUGAUGGAGCCUUUAAUAAUCUAA